AAUGGAUCAGAAAACAGACGGGUGGCAAACAGUAUACUGGAAUAAGAACUUCAGUGAGAACGACAAACACAGAGUGAAAUAUGUGCUGAACCUCUUCAGUUAUCAGGCCAUGAAACACACUAUAGUGCUGACUACUGAUGAAGAGACACGCAGAUUCAUGUCUCUGGCUUAUAAGAGCACAAAUAGUGCUAUUCAUGAUUUAAUAAAGGAGUGUGGAGGAGGACAUCUGAAGUUUAAUACAGUAAGCACAGGAUGGCGCUCUGAGUUGUUCAGAAGGACAGAAGAGAUGCUCAAGAAAGAAUGUAUAGAAUUUCUCAUCUGUGACACGUGUGAGGAUGAAGGUGAAGAAACACAAGUGGAUGAAGAUCUGAGCAGAUCUGGAGCUUCAGUCAGAGGAGACGAGAAAGAGAAGGAUUCUGAUCUCAAAGAGAGCACAGAAACAGCACGUGAUGGAGGAGUGACGACUACUGGAAAAGCAAAGCUGAACACUGUGCUGUGUGGAAAUAAUCCAACACUCAAGAACUCAGUGUCUAGAAUGUUUAGAGGGAUAACAAGUAAACCGGGACGUAAAGAGAUGAGUAAAGUGUGUCAGAAGAGAGAGGAGAAGAUGGAUGGACGGCAGAUCAGUGUAAUAGAGCUUCCAGCUCUCUCUCAGCUCUCAGAGGAGGAAGUGAUGCGGGAGACUCACCUCUGUGUGUCUCUCUGUGAUCCUGGAGUUCAUGUUUUCAUCCUUGUUACUCCUGUCACUCCACUUACUAAUGAAGACAGAGCAGAAAUGCAGAAGAUUAGAGGAAUAUUUUACUCACAAGAGCACUUCAUGUUGCUUUUCAUCACUGAACUCACUGUUGACAAAAUGGUGUCAGAUUUUGUAGAAUCCACAGAAUCUCAGAGGAUUGUGAGUCUCUAUGGGAGCUUAGUGUUGGAGUUACACGGCACUGCUGUGUUUCACACGCUUUUGGCAGGUGGGAGGGUAUCAAAAGAGGGUAAAGGCCCGAAUGAGACCCCCAAAUAA